CGUAGCUGUGCCCAUGGUUGGGAUGUAUCUCCCAUUCUAUGAUUUGUUUCGCAAGCGGUUGAAAAAAAUAUCUCGAGAGAAAGCUCCUGCUACGACAUGGUGUGUGCCUGUUGUGGCAGGGUCCUUAGCGCGGUCGUUAGCUUGUACAGUGUGCUAUCCAAUUGACCUUGCAAGAACGCAUAUGCAGGCAUUCAAAGAAGCAAAAAGCGGUAUGAAGCCUCCGGGAGUUCUUAAAACUCUAGUUGGUGUAGUCUCUGAAGUCAGGACAGCAAAUAACUUCGAAAGUAGUUUGCACAACUAUCGUGUUCUCUAUAGAGGCUUGGGUGCACAGCUUGCCCGUGAUGUUCCAUUUUCAGCAAUCUUGUGGGGGACCCUCGAGGCAAUGAGAAGAAGGCUUCUAGGAGUUGUGGGCAAUGAUACAAAUCUUCGAGUUCCUUGAACUCAGUUUGAUUGAUCUUUUGAAUCAUUUCUACAUUGUUGAACUAAACUUCGAGUUCCUUGAACUCAGUUUGAUUGAUCUUUUGAAUCAGCAUAUCAUAAGCUCAUAAGAGUAUAUGAGAGGCAAAAGAGAACACGUGCAAGUGAGAAUGAAGUUGGAGUGAAGAAGAAGUUAGUUACGUUUCCAUAACAAACUAUGUUAGGACCUUUAGUAUAAAUAGGUCUUGUGGCGUUCAUUGGUGAGUCAUGUUGAUUGUAUUGUAUUGUGUGAUCUCGCAUGUGAGAUGGUGAUGGAAGAGCUAGUGAUGUGCUAGCCUCUAUCCAUAGUGUGUAUGGUACUUGGUUAAGGAAUAAAGGUAUCGGAGUUUGUUUCUUAA